AUGAAGUUCACCAACUCCGUUGCCGUGACUCUCGCCACGGCGGGCUCCCUGGUGGCCGCCCACGGCCAUGGCCACGCUCACUUCCACAAGCGCGUCGUUGAGACCGAGACCGAGACCGCCGUCUCCGCCGCUACCACCGCCUACCACUUCGUUGUCUUGGACCCCAGCAAGUCUGAUGCCCCUGAGGACGUGAGCAACGAUGUGGCCUGCGCCGGUCUGCGCAAGCACGAGUUCGAGUGGCUUGGUUCCGCUAUCCCCGAUGCCUGCCCGUCCUCCACCAGCACCCCCGUGAGCACCUCGACUGCCGUUCCUACCACCACUUCCAUCGCUGCCCAGGUCCUCCUCGAGACCUCCGCUGCCAUCACCCCCACCACCUCUAGCACCAGCACCGUGGCCCCCACCACCAGCGUCGCCAGCUCCACCAGCUCCGCCGCUGCUUCGAGCUCCUCCAGCUCCUCUAGCUCUUCUAGCUCCUCCGGUACCGGUGUGGGCGCUGAGUUCCCCGAUGGUGAGAUUGACUGUGGCACCUUCCCCUCCGACUACGGUGCCGUCGCUCUCGACUACCUCGGCCUCGGUGGCUGGUCCGGUAUCCAGUACGUCACCUUUGCCGACGAAGUAAUCAGCGAGAUCGUGACCGCUGUCACCGGUGACUCUUGCACCAGCGGCGGCAUGUGCUCCUACGCCUGCCCUGCCGGUUACCAGAAGUCCCAGUGGCCCUCCACCCAGGGCUCCACUGGCCAGUCCGUCGGUGGUCUGGAGUGCAAGAACGGCAAGCUCUACCUUACCAACUCUGACUACAACACUCUUUGCAUUGAGGGUACUGGUGGUGUCCACGUUCGCAACAAGCUUGGCUCCCAGGUUGCCGUUUGCCGUACCGAUUACCCCGGUACCGAGUCCGAGACCAUUCCUCUGUCUGCUCUCGCUGGCGAGGAGCACCCCCUGACCUGCCCCAACGGUGCCACCUACUACAAGUGGGAGGGCAAGACCACCUCCGCUCAGUACUACGUCAACAACAAGGGUGUUUCCGCCGAGACUGGUUGCCAGUGGGGUGACGGCUCCGAGCCCAUUGGUAACUGGGCCCCCAUGAACUUGGGUGUUGGUUACUCUUCCGGCGCCACCUGGUUGUCCAUGUUCAAGAACGAGCCUACCACUAGUGCCAACCUGGACUUCAAGAUCAAGUUGAUCGGUGACGACCUGAGCGACAGCUGCAGCUACGAUGGAAACGGCAACUUCUACAACAGCGCCGGCCUGAUCACCUCUGGCAACGGCUGCACUGCCAGCUCCUCCUCCGGCAACGCCUACUUCGUCUUCUACGAAUAA